UACUAUUAUCAAAAGUUGCAGUUAAUAUUCUCUAAUGCAACGCAAUGUGUUUGUUGCUGUCGAGGAUUUACCUAUCCUUAAAGCAGCCUAAACUGACGUUUAACACACAACCAAUAGAUUGUUUGUAUCUGUAAGGGAGGUGCUUAUGAAAGCCAAUCAUGUAGAUUAGGGGGCGGGGCUUUAUAGCCUGUCAAUGCAGCUGGCGAGUAGCGUGCUAGCAACCGCCGUCGGUGUAUCGUGUUGUUUUCAUAGAAUUCAACUUUCACGAGACGUUCACGACCACCAGUGGCAAUAAGAGGCGGUGGUACUUUGCCCUCCAUUGACGGUCGAUAUUUGUCCUUCAGUUGAUUUGUCUUAGCCAGCCUCAACUCCAGUCUGAAAACAGAUUGUCAACAGGGGUGAUAUCGUUAUUAGCUACGAGGUGCUAACGUUUCCCUUCAUAUCAGCUGCCUCAGCGCUGUAUGUGCGGCAAUAACAUGUCAGCGCCCUUACCUGCCAUUGUGCCUGCUGCCCGGAAAGCCACUGCGGCGGUCAUAUUUCUGCAUGGCCUUGGGGACACUGGACACGGCUGGGCAGAGGCUUUUGCUGGCAUCAGACUUCCACAUGUGAAAUACAUCUGUCCACAUGCCUCUACAAUGCCCGUUUCUAUAAACAUGAGAAUGUCAAUGCCGUCUUGGUUUGAUAUUUAUGGUUUGAGCCCAGAUGCAGACGAAGACGAGGCUGGUAUCAAGAGAGCAUCAGAGAAUAUUAAAGCCUUGAUAGAUCAAGAAGUGAAGAAUGGGAUACCUUCACACAGAAUUAUCCUGGGUGGAUUUUCACAGGGUGGAGCAUUGUCUCUUUACACUGCUCUGACGACUCAGCAGAAGCUCGCGGGUGUGGUUGCUCUAAGCUGCUGGCUUCCCCUCCGCAAAUCCUUCCCUCAGGCGGCUGCCAGCAGUGCAAACAAGGACAUGCAUGUCCUGCAGUGCCAUGGGGAUGCCGACCCCCUGGUCCCCUUCAUAUUUGGCAGCCAGACAUCAGAAAAGCUGAAAAGCCUCAUCAAUCCAGCCAACAUCAGUUUCAAGUCAUAUCGGGGUCUACCUCACAGUGCCUGUCCAGAAGAAAUGGUGGACAUUAAGCGAUUCAUAGAGAAGCAGCUUCCUGCCAUCAGAGACGAAUGAACUCGAGUGUCUGCUCACCUUCUCAGCGUCAUCAUGGUCCUUUGAACUUGACUCCAGUGAAACUAGGUGGACCUGAGGACUACUGACUUACUUGACAAUAAAUCCAUGCUGCUACUCCGUAGAUUCAGACAGGGCUGGGAAUGUCAGCCCAGGAGAGGCAUGACGGAGCCACGCACAACCCUCAGUGUUACAUUAGAGUAACAUUAGUUGCUUGAUUGUAAAGCUACUCACCAUUGAGACGAGCCAUUUUUUUGCAGGAAACUUAUGUAUAAUAACUAUAAUAACUGUAUAAUAACUUAUUUAUAUAACACCUAGGGCUACAUUUUAUGGUGUAACACUUACUGUCUCAAUAAAUGACCUGUUUUGCAUUA